AUGCAAUCUUCUAUCAUCGUUCGUAUCAUAUUCUUUUUCAUAUUUGUUCUUGGAAUUCAAGCAUACAAUACUACACUUGAGGGUUAUUUCGACUCAAUCUGUCAUGUAUAUGUAACAGAUUGUAAUAGAACAGUCAUAAAUGAUGCUGGAAAUAAAAGUUGUGAUGAUGAGACAGUAUUUAUUUGGGAUCAAGCCCCAGAAUUAUAUUGCGUACAUGUGUAUCCUAUUACAGAGCCCGAUGACAAUCGUUAUCGUCAAGCAAAUGGAAAUUCAUGCUUUUAUGUCCAUGGAAACCUCUUAGAUGGUUGGUCGAUUGAUGAUUGUUAG